UCCUUUAGAGGGCGACAAAGCUCUGUAGACACUGGUGUAUGAUACAGCAACAACUGGACAUUUUAAGGCAGCCAAGACUGACACACUUCAUGACAAUUGAACCAAGAUACUGCAGUGAGCACAUCAUCUCUCAAGACACGAAGAAAAUUGCUGUCUAGCUCUUCAAGAUGGUGAGGGACAAUGACAACGGGAACUUUGAGAGGAGACACCGGUGCGGUCUGUGCUGCCUCGGCCCUCUGACCUUCCACAGUCAGGCUGUGGGAGAUCAGGUCUGCCUGAGUCACGGGCAUCGGCUCGCAGAGAGGAAGGAGUCCACUUUCAAGAACGGCCUGGUGUUCAGCAGCCGCCCAGUGAAGAUCCAGGAGAGGAUUCGUCUGAGGGUGCAGAAGGAUUUGUGUAACUGGCAUGGAGCUCUGCGUUUGGGCUUCACCAACAUCCCACCUUCAGACAAAUCUCUGCCUCUGCCCACCAUGGCCAUCCCCAACCUCACUGACACACAUGGGCACUGGGCUGCUCCUGUGCUUGAAUCCUACUGCCGUGCAGGUUCAGAGCUGGAGUUCUGGGUUUCUAAUGGAGGCAACAUAUACGUUGCUAACGAAAGCUUCGGGGAGCGCAAGAUAUUUACAGGAGUGGAUCUCAGACACCCGCUGUGGGCGAUGGUAGACAUCUACGGACAGACGUGCUCUGUUUUACUAUUGGGCUCAGAGAAACGAGGACUGCUUCAAACUAGACGGUCCUGUCCUGCACCUGAUGACCUCCCCGCACCCAACGUUGACAACCACUACAGUUUGAUUCCUGAUGGAUACAGUGAUGACAGCAUGUACUGUCUUGACAUGGAUCCAGCAGAUGAAGACAGUGUUACGAACUGUGUGGUGUGCAUGGGAAGAGAGGCCAGAAUCACUCUGCCUUGUGGUCACCGGUGUCUGUGUAACAACUGCAUCUCCAGAGUCAUCCUUGAGUUUGGCAGCUGCCCGCUGUGCCGGCACGAGAUCACAGCUCCAUAGGUGGGGAUGGGGAUGUCUGUCUCUGGGCUUGUCUGAGCUAAGUUUAGAAGAAUCCAUGCAGGAAUCACCAGAUAAAAGCUACUGAGUGACGGUAACAAAGAGAACACUACGAGUAAAUCCUGGUGGACCAGUGGUUGGAGAGGUUUACCACGUGGUCACGGUGUCACCGGUUGAAGCCCAGCCAGGAUACUUAUUAAACUGUCUCUUCCUUAAUAUGUAAAUGUUGUACAGCUUGUGUAAGAUAAGAUGUACUACGAUGUUGAUGUGAAGAUAUUGAGCGUGUGUGAAACCUUACUGUUUAAAAAAUGAGGAAACUGGAUUUGUAUUAUUACUGUUGAAGAAGGAAAACGUAAAUUCUUUUGGUGAAGACAAUCAAUAACUUAAAAGAUAUAUUUAUUGCACUCAGGGCAUAAUUUAAAAUGUAAUUUACAUCUUUCCAUUGUACAGUUUAUUUUACCUCC